AUGAACUUUUUAAGAGUGUUAACUUUUAUUUUCCUUAUUUCUAUUGCUUCGGGUGCUCCUUCCGGUCUUCUUAAGCCUUCUCAGGAUGACUUUUAUGAUCCGCCCUCAGGGUACGAGUCAAAGCCUGAGGGGGCUAUUUUAAAAUGGAGAAACACUCCAGCUAAAAUGGGUGCUACUUUUAUGCCAUUGAAUAUCGCAAAUUCAUGGCAAGCCUUGGUGAGAACUACUGAUUCCCAUGGUAAUGCUACUGCGAUCGUGACUACUAUUAUGAAACCACAUAAUGCUAAUUCUAAACAAGUUAUUAGUUAUCAAUCAAUGGAAGAUUCUGCUAAUGAAAACUGUGCACCUAGUUAUUCGUUACAGUUUGGUUCUGAUGCUAACACCCUUGUGUUAAAAGCAGAAUCUUACAUUAUUCAAAUUGCUUUGGAAAGGGGUUACUACGUGGUAACUCCUGACUAUGAAGGUCCCAAUGCUGCAUUUACUGCCGGGAGAAUCGCAGGCCAUGCCGUGUUGGAUAGUUUGAGGGCCACCAUCCAGUCCGCCAACGAAACCGGAAUCGCCGCCGAUGCUUCUUACGCAUUGUUUGGCUACAGUGGUGGAUCAUUAGCUAGCGGAUGGGCAGCCAGUUUACAACCAACUUAUGCACCGGAGUUGAAGUCCAAAUUGAUUGGAGCAACCCUCGGGGGCUUUGUUACGAACAUCACCGAAACCGUUACUGCAGUGGAAGGAACGGUGUUUGCUGGGUUGACGCCUAAUGGGUUAUGGGGGUUAAGUCAAGAGUACCCAUUUUUCAAAGAAUAUCUUAAACAAGGUAUGAGCGAAGAACAUUAUAAGAAGUUGAAAACUGCAUCCGAAAACUGUUUAUUGAAUGCUAUUUUAGGGUUUCCGUUCUAUAGAUUUUUCAGUGGAUCCGAUCCAUUUUUCAAGAAAGGGUGGGACGUGUUUAAAGAGGACGAUAUUAAACAAAUGCUUGAUGAAAAUACGUUAUUGUUUCAAAAUAACCAAGAGAUCCCCGAUAUUCCAUUGAUGAUUUAUCAUGCCACCAACGAUGAGAUUGUGCCAUACCAUGGUAAUAGUGAUAGAUACUACGAUAACAUUUGUAAAUGGAAACCGGACAUUUCAUUAGAGUUGAACAUUGAUCAAACCGGAGGACAUAUAUUAGAGAUUCCCCAAGGGGUUCCAGCAGCAUUUGCCUGGCUCGAAAGAUUAUUUAGGGGACAAAAUAUAGUUAAGGGGUGUCAUAAGACUACCAGACUUAAUAAUUUAUUAUACCCAGGGGCAGAUUAUUCAAUUUACACCGCCUUAACUGCCGCCAUCAAGAGUUUGGUCGGGGGAGAAAUUGGACCAAAUGGUGAAGGAUUACCAGUUAGUUAG